AUGAGCCGUUCUAAAUACGGUCAAGGGCUCCAAUGCCUUAAUCAUGACAUUGCAGUCUCCUCGGACAUACAUGUGGAGGACAAGAGCUCGGAGAGCGCUCUGGAUCAAUCUGACAGCAUAGGUCCAGAUGGUAACUGCACACAUGAAUCGUCCGCGUCUUCCGCGGAAGACACCAGGAAAGUUGAUGACCGUAUCAAGAUCGAGGAGGAGGACAUACAUGGCAAGCCAGAUCACGAAGAGAGGAUCAUUGUGUCCUUCCCUGAUGGAGACCCUGAGAAUCCGUACAAUUGGCCUAUGAGGAAGAAAAUAUACAUCCUACUCGCGGGAAUCGUAGCAGUCAUCAACAGCACGCUGGGAUCCUCUCUGCCCAGCAACGCCAUCAACUACAUUGCCCCGUAUUUCCACGUCACCGACGAACAGCAACUCGUUCUUCCGAUAUCCCUGUUCUUGGUUGGAUAUGUACUUGGACCAUUGAUCUUCGGACCUCUCAGUGAGACAUAUGGAAGAAGAAUCAUCAUGCUGUCCAGCUUCGUGGUUUUCACACUCUUCACGAUGGCCUGUGCCUUGGCACCAAACUGGCCUGCAUUCCUGGUAUUCCGUCUCAUAUGUGGCAUCAAUGCUUCGAGUGCUAUAGCUGUGGUGGGAGGUCUAUACGCAGAUGUUUUUGGCAAUCCAGUCAUCAGAGGGCGAGCAAUGGCAAUUUUCAUGGCUGCCACGACGUGCGGUCCUAUGUUGGCUCCUCUAAUAUCAGGCUUUGUCUCCGUCGUCUCGUGGCGGUGGACGUUCUGGGUCGGCUUGAUAGUCGCUGGAGCCUCGCUCGCCUUCCUCAGUCUCCUCCCAGAGACCUACGGUCCAAUCAUCCUGAAGAAGAGAGCAAAUCGCAUGCGGAAGGAGUCUGCAAACCCUAAUAUAUUCGCAGCUAUCGAGCUCGAGAAGAAGGGCGCUCGACAAAUGAUGACUGUUACUCUCAUGCGACCAGUCCAUAUGAUCGUUUACGAAGCCAUCGUCCUGUUCACCUGCCUCUACCUUUCCAUCGCAUACGCUAUAUUCUACCUCUUCUUCGAGGCGUACCCGAUUAUUUUCGAGGGUCUUUACCACAUGAAUACUGGGGUAGCUGGUCUGGCUUUUCUACCCAUCAUGGUUGGGGCUGUCAUCGCCCUCGGCAUCUUCUUAUGGUACGAUACAAUUCUCCAACGAGCUAAGAAAGCCAAUGCGAACUGGGCUUCUAUCGAGGAGUAUCGUCGGCUACCGCUUGCCUGCUUGGGUGGCCCGCUCUAUGUCAUAUCGCUUUUCUGGUUGGGAUGGAGCGCUUCUCCUCACGUCCAUUGGAUCGUACCCAUGCUCGCAGGCGUGCCAUUCGGCAUGGGCUUUAUGCUCAUCUUCAUGGCACUACUCAACUACAUCACUGAUGCUUACGAGGUGUACGCUGCGAGUGGCAUGGCUGCAACGAGUUGCUGCCGUUCGAUAUUUGGAGCGGUACUGCCAUUGGCCGCGGCACCCAUGUACAAAUCACUGGGAGUUUCAUGGGCAAGCACUUUGCUUGGCUUCCUCAGUCUGGCUAUGUCUAUCAUACCUUUUGCCUUUAUCAAGUACGGCGAUCGAAUCCGAGAAAAUAGCAAGUUUUGUCAGGAGUUGAAGAAGAGAAAGGAGCAGAUAGCAAUGGAGAAUGGGAAGGACAAGGACAAGUCUGUUGGUCAUAGACACGCAGCUGGGCCGGAAGAGCUCGAGUCUGGCGAAAAGGAAUAG